AUGUCCGACUCAACCUCGUCUCAUCUUACGUCGCGCAUGGCCAAGUUGAACCCUUUCUCGAGGACAACUCGGAAAGUCGACGACGAGGACGCGGGCGAAGUAAUCGACGACUCAACUGUUGCCGGUGGAGGCCAUGGAGCCCGCGAAUCCGACAUCACCAAACAUCGGCUUCGAGUGAGCCAUGCUCUCAGAUCGUACCUCGUAAAGCAGAAUGUCCUCUCCGAGGAAGAUGCUGGUCUAGACAAUGACAAUCCACACCAGCUGACCGGGCCACUACAUGCGCUCCUCAGCAAGCCACAUAUUAAUGUCCCAUCCUAUGUAACCGAUCGGUCUCACCCAUUGCCUGAAUAUUUCAUCAGUUCGAGUCACAACACCUACUUGCUAGCCCACCAGCUCUAUGGCACUUCUUCCGCCGAUGCUUACAGGACCGCUCUCAACACGGGAUCGCGCUGUGUUGAGAUCGAUGCCUGGGAUAACGAGGACAACCAGGACGAACCCAAGGUGACGCAUGGCUAUACGCUCGUUUCAAAUGUCCCAUUCCGAGCAGUAUGUGAAACAAUCCGUGAUGUGAUUGACCAGGAAGCUGGUCAGUCUGCCUCCCAGCCAGGAUACAGAGCAGCCCCGAUUCUUCUAUCUCUAGAAAACCACUGUGAUGCACAUGGCCAAUUGCGUCUCGUCGACAUCAUGAAAGAGGUAUGGGCCGACCGCCUGUUGAGCAAGGCUUUUAGGCAAAAGGGCCACGCGGAGCAACAAGGUACUGGCGAGCAAGUGACCCUCGAAGAACUUGGUUCAAAAAUAGUGCUCAUUGUCGAAUACCAUUUUCCCAGUGAAUCGGAAAGCGAUGAAGAGGAGAACUCUAGCUCAGACGAGGAUGAAGAGGUGAAACUGGCCAGAAAGGCCUACAACGAGAAGAAGAAGGCUGCCCCCACCAUCAUCAUUCCUGAACUGGCCGAGCUAGGGGUCUACGCUCAAUCAGUGAAGCCGCGCGACAACUCAUGGUAUGGCGAAGUUGGACUCAAAGACGGGCCUCACCAUCAUCUCAUCAAUGUCUCAGAGACUGGUCUACGGGCCCACAUGCCUGCCGCGAACGAUAAAAUUGCUCGCCAUAACGCUCGACAUCUGAUGCGGGUGUAUCCCAAAGGCACCCGGAUCUCUUCCCGAAACCUUAAGCCGGUGCAGUUCUGGGGUAUCGGAGCCCAAGUAUGCGCACUGAACUGGCAGACGUUUGGGGCGAGCAUACAGCUGAAUGAGGCCCUCUUCAGUGGCACAGAUGGUUAUGUUUUGAAGCCGGCAGCUCUGCGAGCAGGUGGAUCCGGCACGCUCAACAGCGGGAAAAGGAAGAUACUUCGCCUUCAUGUCGCAGGAGCAUCUGACGUGCCUGUGCCAGAAGGACGUGAACCCGAUGACAUCAAGCCAUACUUGACUUGCAAACUCUAUCACCCUGACAUUGAAGAGGAUGACGCCCCGAAGCGCAAGACGGCACACUACAGGCAACACAAACUCGGGCUGCUGCACAGGGGCGAGAAUCCGCCGCCCACGGAUCCUGUCUGGGGCGAGACGCUGGAAUGGGAAUAUGAAGACAACGAGCUGGUGUUCCUCCGGAUGCUCGUUAAGAGCGAUGACAGUUUUGCCAUUAACCCGAUCUUUGCCGUUGCCGCGGUGAGGUUGCUGUAUGUGCCAGAGGGCUGGAGUUUUAUUCGCAUGCUGGACCUGAAGGGAAGGGAGACGAAAUGCUCGCUUCUUGUGAAAUUCGAGAUUGUGGAUGCAAUAUGA